AUGGCAACCAGCGAGCUGUCAGCAUGGGACGGCCAGUUAAAUAUUAUCCUGCUUGGUGGCAGAAACUGUGGGAAGAGCUCCGUGGGGAAUUUACUGCUGGGCAAAGAGGAGUUUGUCACCCAAGAGAGGACCUCGUGCUCCCGGAGGCUGGCUGUGGUGGCCGGCCGGCGGCUCACGGUGGUGGACACUCCCGGCUGGUGGUGCGACUUCAGCUCCCGGGACACGUCCGUGCUGGUGAAGAGGGAGGUGGUCAGCAGCGUCUCUCUGUGCGCACCGGGCCCGCACGCAUUCCUCAUCGCCAUCAAGGCCAGCUCCGACUUCACAGAGAAGCGUCGCAGGGCCGUGGAGGAGCACGUGGCCCUGCUGGGCGACGAGGUGUGGAGCCACUGCAUGGUGGUCUUCGUCUCGGCCGACGGGUCCAAGCGCACCGCGGCUGAGGAGCUGGUGCGGCGGGGCGGCGGGGCCCUCCGCUGGCUCAGUGGGAAGUGCGGCCACAGGUGUCACAGCAUCACCUCGGCCUCCGAGCUGCUGGACGAGAUCCGGAAACUCGUCUCGGGGAACGGGAACGCAGUGUUUGAGGUGCAGGAGAGCCUUUCGCAGGCGACGGCGGAGGAGAAGAGGAGAGUGGAGGAGAGGGCUCGGCAGAGGUUUCUGAGGAUGAAGAAACACAGAUCUCUCAUGAGAGGCGAGUUGCGGCCCGUGACUGAUAUCCGGAUUGUGUUGGUGGGAGCAAAGGGUUCUGGGAAAAGCUCCACUCUGAACACGAUCCUGAGCAGACAGAGCGUCCGUCAGCGAGCGAGGAGAACGGCCCGGUGUCUGGUCGGAAGAGGCGCGGUGUUCGGGAGACAGGUGACCGUGGUGGACACGCCGGGCUGGUGGAUGAACUACUUCCGUGACGAGAGUCCCGCGUUCGACCGGAGGGAGCUGGCGCUCAGCGCGUCUCUCUGCCCUCCGGGGCCUCACGUCUUUCUGCUGGUGAUCCGCGUGGACCGGGCCUUCACCGAAACCUACAGGAGGGCGGCGGAGGAGCACCUCGGGCUGAUCGAUGAACACAUCUGGAGUCGCGUCAUCGUCCUGUUCACUUUCGGGGACUGGCUGGGCGGCACGACCACGGAGCAGUGCAUCGAGAGCGAGGGAGAGCCUCUGCGGUGGCUCGUGGAGAGGUGCGGCAACAGGUACCACGUCCUGAACAACAAAACCAAAGGGGACGGGUUUCAAGUCCGAGAGCUCAUCGGGAAGAUCGAGGAAAUGUUGGCCGGCUGCACCGGCUGCCCGCAUUAUGAAGUAAAGACGGACGUGGUGGAACAGUUGCAGGGGGAGAUGAGGAGAGAGGAGGAGAGAGCCGAGGAGAGACUGAGGAGGAAGGAGAAACAAAGGCGGAUGGCGAGGGCUCAGCUGGAGAAGCUCACCCCUAUUACAGAACUGAGAAUAGUGCUGGUUGGCGGCAGUAAAACCGGUAAGAGCUCAUGUGGGAACACCAUCCUGAGCAGAGAGUGCUUCCACGCCGAGACACAGACCACUUCCUGCUCUGAAAAACGAGCCACAAUCCGCGGCAAGACGGUGACAGUGCUGGACACACCGGGCCGCUUCUCCGUGACCUCUGACCUCCUCCACGCGGCAUCCUGUGCCAUCCUCCUGGUCGUCAACGUGAGCUCCUCAUUCAAUGCCGAGCGCGUGGAGGCCGCGGAGAAACAGCUGGAGGCGGGCGGCGGAGGCCAGAUGUGGAGCAGAGCCGCGGUCCUGUUCAGCCACGGCGAUUGGCUGGGCGACAGCGGCAUCGAGCGGCGCAUCGAGAGCGAAGCGGAGCCGCUGCGGAGGCUCGUCGAGAGGUGCGGGAACAGAUACCACGUCUUGGAUAAUAAGCACCGGGGCCAGGGGGCUCAGGUUGACGAGCUCAUCGGCCUGAUCGAGGAGACGCUGGCGGCAGACAGGCUGGCUGCCCUUCACAGAGGGGGGGAUCUCAUGUGGAACGGGGAUUCUUUAAGAGAUGUGACGCCGGGUGAAAAAGGUCAAAAGAUGAUCAGGAGCUGCAGACACGAGCUGUGCCACGACGACCUGACUGAGUCAGCCAAUCCCACCUCACAACCAUCUCUAAGCUGCUCAGGAGGCCCCGCUGGUCAGAUAGUGGCACUACCGGCAAGAAGGGCCGGAUGGACGGGACUCAAGGUCCUGGAGAGAGAGAGCUUCCUGUCCAGCUUGGCCUCUUCUCUCUCUGGUGAAGCAACGCCGAGGUGGACCAUAAAUCUGCCCGUCUGGCUCCCGGCCGAUGACGUUCCCCCGAGACUCAACGGAGCACGCCGUCUGUUCUCAUCCACGCAUCCAGCCGUGCUUCUGGUUGUGCCUCAAACGCAACACGGGAUGCUCGCGGAGGGAAAUGACUUCGGCGUGCAUUCGUUGUGCCAUCCAGCGCUGAGGGAGCGGACUCUCAGGAGGCUCAGCGAGGCCGGAGGUCUGCAGGCGCUGAUCGACCAAUGGGGCGACAGCAGCCUGGAGGAGCUGGAAGCCUUCAUUGACUCGUAUUUUGAGAUGAUCUGGGAGAAAACUAUGGGUUCAUUUCAGGAACCGGUCGCUCCCACGGCAGAGCAGGAUGCUGUUGGUGAGGAGGAGGAGGCUCGGCUGCAGGAGGUGCUCUCAUCCAUCGACAGGAAGCUGUCAAAGCUGGAGCUCCUUGAGGAGAUCAGGAUGGAUCUGGCCGAGCUGAGGACGAGUCUGGAGAACAGCUGGAGGGCCAUCCAGGAACUCAGGAGUAAACAGUGUGAUGAGCAUGCUUUCCACAUGAUGUUGGGGAGCAUUGGAGCAAUGAGGUCUGGCUCACAGUCGGCGGCCCCCUUCAUCCCAGAGGUGUUGUACGGGUUGAGAUGCAGUGAGCAGUGA